AUGGAGACGGGUGAGCAAAAGAACAGCAAGAAGGCGAGAGUAGAUCCGCCCGUGGCUCCUUUAGUGCCGUGUAUGGUGAGCAUUGACAAGGCCAAGUUUCAGUGCCCCGUUUGUACCCACCCCUUGAAGCCUCCCAUCUUCCAGUGCGCCGCCGGGCACUUGGCUUGCGGUGCCUGUCAUGGCCAGCUCGCCGACAAGGAACGGUGCUACAGGUGCGCCCAAUCCGGUGGGUACAGCCGCAACUUCCCGCUGGAAGACGUCGUCCGCUCGACCAGGGCCAUGUGCCCCUACGUCGUGUUCGGCUGCCCUAGCUCCGUACCCUUGUACGAGAUGGGUGACCACCAGCCCAAGUGCCCACACGCGCCAUGCCGCUGCCCGGAGCCCGGCUGCGCCUUCUUCGGCUCGCCGGCGUGGUUAAGCUACCACCUAAGGGCCACGCAUUCCUGGCCCGUAAACAUCAUCGACUACGGCAAGGCAUGCCAACUCCAGCUGCCGGCGUCAAAGCCGCGGUGCCUGCUGGUGGCGAUGGAGGACGGGCGCGUGUUCGUCGUGUCUGUGGGGGCGCACCGCGCCGUCUCGCUGGUGUCCCUGAGGGCGAAUGCCGCGGCGGGGCCGCACUACACGUGCAAGAUGUCGGCGAGUGGGAGCGCAGCCGCGGCGUCCGGCAAGGUGCCGAACGUCUCGGUGGAGAUGGAGGUGCCGAGCAGUGCGGUGGCCGGGGAGGCCGCGGCCACGGACACGGAGGCCAAAGUCGCCGCGGCACUAGUUGUGCCGCGCAAGAUGCUGCACGGGCCAUCCAAGGAGCUGCACCUCAACGUUAGAAUCGACAAGGCGCAGACAUGA